AUGGACCAAGUAUCAUUCGCUGAAAUGGAAAGAAUACUCAAGAAGACAAAACUGUUCUACAAUGAAACGGAGCUUUCGAGUUCCGACCUGGACGGAAAUGAGACCGAUUACACAGAUUCAGACACCCAAUCUGAGAGUGUUCCUUCAGAGACGAGCGAAGAUCGCAAUUUCGUUGUAUCCGAUACAGACCAACUAUCUUAUCUCUCUGAUAGCUCGUCUCGAAGCUAUGAUUCAGAAUCGAUGGUGUUCAAGAAUCUGGAUCAAGAAAUUUCCGUCUCCAGCGGCGGGCUCAAGAUCCCAAUCAAGACUAUUGCUCAAAGGGUUGUUAGCUAUGAGGGUCGACAAGUGACCCAAAACCUUGUCCUGUGGUAUUCUUGGGAGGCAACUAAAUGA